GCGCACUGCGGGGUCGCGCCCAGCUGGGCCGCCUGGGAGUCGCCCGCCGUCCCCGCCGCCCCUCCGCGGGAGAAUGAAACUCGUCGUGGGCAUCGGAGGCGUGACCAACGGAGGCAAGACCACGCUGACCCAAAACCUCCGCAAGGCGCUGCCCAACUGCUGUGUGAUCCAUCAGGACGACUUCUACAAGCCCCAAGACCAAAUAGCCAUUGGCCAGGACGGCUUCAAGCAGUGGGAUGUGCUGGAGUCCCUGGACAUGGAGGCCAUGCUAAGCACCGUGCAGGCCUGGCUGGGCUGCCCGCGGAAGUUCGCCCGCGCGCACGGGGUCAGCGUCCAGCCCGACGCCUCGGACACCCACAUCCUGCUGCUCGAGGGGUUCCUGCUCUACAGCUACAAGCCCCUGGUGGACGUGUUCAGCUGCCGCUACUUCCUGACCGUCCCCUACGACGAGUGCAAGCGGAGGCGAAGCACCCGGAGCUACGCGGUCCCCGACCCCCCCGGCCUCUUCGACGGCCACGUGUGGCCCAUGUACCAGAAGUACAAGCGGGAGAUGGAGGCGGAGGGCGUGGAAGUGGUGUACCUGGACGGCACGCAGUCCCGGGAGGCGCUCUGCCGGCAGGUGCUAGAGGGCAUCCGGAACUCGCUGCUGAACCGCGCCGAGCCGGCCGCGCCCGCCCGCAGGGCCCCGACGCCAGCCCCGCCGGACCCGGUGUGAGCGCGCGCCCGC